AUGGGAAUAAAAGAAAUCUUCGACAGCAUGAGUAGAUUCAUGGAUCCUAUCUUUGGAGUAUUGAGAAUCAUUUUUGGAAGUUUUGUUGAUUCACCAGCAGAUGUUUUGGUUGUUGGAUAUUAUUUCUUCUUUGCUCUUAUUCUAUACUGGAGUAUGAUAGGAAAAGAGACUGUCAGAAAAUAUCUUGGAUUCUUAUACGGUACAUUUUCAAAGGGUUUAUUCUACAUAUUGGCAAACAUCUUAUUCGGAAUACUUCUAGGAGCAGCUGCAGUGUUCAACAUGAUUAGAUUCUGCUAAUCUUCCAAAGAUCAAAAGAAUGAUGAGCCAGUAUUGUGA